AACUGCAUAACUGUGAUGACGUCAGACGCACAAAAGCGUCACUGUAUUUUCUCAUCGCUGGUGUCUUCACCGAACAUUACGAAGGAGUUACAGUACGUACUUAGGAUGACUUUGGGAGCAGUUGCCUCCGUGAUCCUCGCCAUAGGAGGAGCUGCUGUGUUUUCUGCUCUUCUUAAGAUUGAAGAAGGACAUGUGGGUGUUUACUACAGGGGUGGAGCUUUGCUGACUGCCACCAGCGGUCCUGGAUUUCAUCUGAUGCUUCCGUUUAUUACGACAUUCAAGUCUGUACAGACAACCUUACAAACAGAUGAAGUAAAGAAUGUUCCAUGUGGCACAAGUGGAGGUGUAAUGAUCUACUUUGAUCGCAUUGAGGUGAUGAACUACCUUAUACCAUCAGCAGUGUAUGACAUUGUAAGAAACUUCACUGCCGACUACGACAAAGCCCUGAUUUUCAACAAAGUUCACCAUGAGCUGAAUCAGUUCUGUAGUGUGCACUCACUUCAGGAGGUCUACAUAGGUCUAUUCGAUCAAAUACAUGAAAAUCUAAAGCUCACCCUGCAGCAGGAUCUGACCAGCAUGGCACCUGGCCUCAUCAUUCAGGCAGUACGUGUUACCAAACCAAACAUUCCAGAAAGCAUUCGUAGGAACUAUGAACUAACGGAGAGUGAGAGGACAAAGUUACUGAUUGCAGCUCAGACCCAAAAGGUGGUAGAGAAGGAGGCAGAGACGGAGAGUAAAAAAGCUGUCAUCGAGGCAGAGAAGGUGGCUCAGGUGUCUGAAAUCAAUUUUGAACAGAAAGUAAUGGAAAAAGAAACCGAGAAAAAGAUAUCAGAAAUUGAAGAUGGUGCUUUCCUUGCUAGGCAAAGAGCAAAGGCAGAUGCAGAGUUAUACACAGCACAGAGAGCAGCUGAGGCCAAUAAGCUGAAACUGACUCCUGAAUAUCUCCAGCUGAUGAAAUUUAAGGCAAUAGCUGCUAAUAGUAAGAUUUACUUUGGAAGUGAGAUCCCUCACAUGUUUAUGGAUUCAGGACCAGGAAGUUCCUACUCAGCUGCCUCCAAAGCCAUAGAUGUCCUCUCAGAGGGGAUACUGGACUUGGAAUGACAAGAAAGGGGACCGAAAGCAAAUUUGUAGCACUGAAAUUAUGGAUAAAUGAACAGGUAAUGGAAGAGCAUAGACUAAAGGCCAGUCAACAGACUGCUUUGGUACAAUAAAUGCAGCUGAAACCAAGGGACCACUUCAGUAAACUAACAUGGUACAGUGUCAGUCGGGCAAAAACACUACACCCAUGUCUAAACAGGUGUUAAGCACACCCUGCUGACUGUGCUCACUACCAGGUGGUGGCUGAAUGGAGCGUUAUACUUUUGAAUAGAGCAAAGGAAAUGUGGUGGUUUAUUUGAAUGUGAGUUUAGAACCCAAUGGAUGAAAGGUGUGACAUUCUUAGAAAUGUUCAUUUAUUUGUAUGCACUCAUAGUACAAUACGCAGGGUAUUUCUUUUUUUAACUGAGGUAUUUAUACUUAUUUAUAUACUUAUUAUACACUUAUUUACCCAUACAUCAGGGGUACUCCUAUAUUUGUUGGGUUUUAAAUGUCAUUUAUUUCUCUAGCUCCUCAAAAAAACAUAAGGUCCUGCAACAUAACGAUAAGGUCAUUCAAAAACCAUGUAGCACACUACAACUUUUAUUGUUACAUACAGAGUACUGUAUUAUAUCUUUAUAAAAUAGUAUGCAGAAUGUUAGUAUGUGAUCAGCAGAAAACCUUUCAUCCAAAGCAAAGUCCAGGACACAAACUGUAAGGAUGUCCCUCUUUUUCCAGUGCACAGUAGUGAUCUCUGUUAACUCCAGGACUGUGAUCUCAUUAACUCAGUUCUUCUGUCACCCUUAGAUUUUCAAGAAGUUGGCAUUAGAGCAUUGUGUUGGCUGACUGCAUCAGAACUGAGUCUUUGUAUUGGCAAACUCACUGUGGUUGGCCUUUAGAGAUCAGGACAUCUGUAGGCUGUUUCUCAACACCGGAAUCUUGGAAUACUCAAAAAAUUUUAGUUUGUCAGUGUGUCAUUAGUAAAACAGUGAAUGUUGUCCAGUUCCCCUAAACUGAAGCUCCAUUACAUAAUUUAUACAGCCAAUUGUUACCAGGUAGUGUAUUGAAUUAUGUAACACACGAAGAUCAUAUUCUGUUACCUCCAAAUAUUAAUAUGUGGAUCAAUAGCUUGCCUCAACAAUUGUAGUCAGGAAUGGCAAUGUUUGACUAACAUCAAUGCUUUAAAAACCAAAUGAAGCUGCAAGUUUGUUUGGUUUUUUUAUGUUUCCAUGAUGAAAAGCAAAACUAAUUUUUGAACAAAUUAUUUGUAAUCAUAUCUUUAUCUUGUUCCUGUUUUGUUUUUGGUUUUUUUUAUUUGUUUUUUUAUUGGACUUCAGAGACUCAUUAGAGCUUCCCAAAGACCUUGACUGUUCAUGUCUUUGCUUUGAAUAAAUGUUGAAUUACUGUCUCAUUAUGUCCUCAAGUGUUUUCACCUUUGCCCAUGUGUAGUAUGUACUGUACAUGAAUACAUAAGGAAUAAUUCACCCAAUAAUGAAAAUUCUGUCAUUGUGAAUUCUGUCAACUGGAAUUCAAUUUUUCAUUCAUUCCCAAAUCAAAUCAUUGAUCAACUCUCAUUUGCAGCACCUGAAUCAAAUACAGUAUGGUGACUAUGGCACAGAUUUUUGGGUGAACUGUCUCAUUAAGAAUAAAAUUUUUGUUUUCAAUAAUA